AUGAAAAUGAAAUAUUCAAAUGUUGGAUUAAAUGAUCUAGGUGAUGAAAUUCUUCUGAUUAUUUUGAAAAAUUUAAAUCAUUUUGAUAUACAUUAUUCUUUACAUGGUGUUAAUCAACGACUAACUCAAUUGAUUCAAGAUUCAAUUUUUACAAAUCAUCUAUAUUUUAUAAAAAAGUCUUCAGAUAAGUUUAUUGAUCGUCUUUCGGAUAAAAUGAUACAUGAUCGAUUUUGUUUACAAAUUUUACCUUCAAUUGAUGAUAAAAUCGAAUUACAAUCUUAUGAUGAUUGUCUUUAUCUUCUCGAUGGUCGUUUCAAUCAACUUCAUAGACUUAUUAUUGAUGUGGUUAAUCCUAUUAAUAUAGGCACAGUUGAUAAUCAGGAUCUUUUACCAAAUCUAAAAUAUUUUUAUUUUUCAUGUAAUAUCAUGAGAUUUUAUAAUGAUGAAAUAAUUCUUUCACUUCUCUCUCGAAUGUCGAAUCUUGAACGACUCGACUUAUAUAUUAUAUUUGAUUGUCAAACAACAUUUAUUGAUGGAAAUUAUUUGAAGAAAAAUAUUCUCAAUUCUAUGACGAAAUUAAAUGAAUUUCAUUUUUCUAUUACUUCACAUAUAUCUAAUGUAAUGAAAUUGAAUUUACCAUCAAAAAAAGAUAUUCAACAAACAUUUAUUCAUUUUCAAACUAAGAAUAUUAUUUAUGUUGAUUAUUUUCCAGAAAGUAAAAAAGGUCUAUGUCAUAUCUAUUCAUAUCCAUCUAAAAUGAUAUAUUACGGUGAUAUUACAAAUCAAUUUCCAGGUGGAUUAUAUGAAUAUGUUCGUCAAGUGUCAUUAUUUGAUGAAAAACCUUUUGAACAUGAAUUCUUACUUCGAAUUCAAAAAUCAUUUCCAUUAUUGGAAAUAUUAUAUGUGAAGAAUAAAAAACCACAAAAUCGUAAACAAUCAAAUGAUAAUCAGCAAUAUUUAUCUCUUAUUCAAUUUUCUUCUCUUAGUGAACUUCGUCUCAACGAUGUUCAUGAUGAUUAUAUAGAAGAAUUUCUAUUUCAUACAAAAACAUAUUUAACGAAAAAUGUCAACCUUUUUAUUGAAUAUGAAUCUUUAGAACGAAUAACACACAAUUUCACAAGAGAAUGCACACGAAUUAAUUGUGCAAAAGUUGAUAAAUUAUAUUUAUGUGGUAAUGAUGAAUUGAAAUGUGAAAAUUCUUUAGGAAAAUAUUUUCCUAUUGCCAAAAUAAUUAAUCCAAGAAGAUAUUGA